AUGGGAGACACAUACGAUACAUAACCUUUCUAAUUUCUAUUUUUUAUUGGGAACGUAAUAAAAGUUAUUGAAAAAUCACUAACAUGAACAUUAUACGUCGUAAGGAAUUGUCAACUUUUCUUAUACCAACUCUGUUGACGUGCACAAGAAACUAUGCAUUCAAAAGUAAUUUGAAGAUUAAAUGGGUUCGUCCAGAAAAAAUACCUUGUUAUAAUCCCGCAAAAAGUGGCGAUCUAGUUCCAAUGCCUAAAUUGGAUAAAACGCAAUUACAGCUAGAAUUUCGAAAUUCUCAAGAACUGGCGAAUGCAAACGAUUUGGUGAAAAAACUGUUUUCAUUGGAGUAUGCUCCACGUUACAAAACAACUCAGCUGUAUCUUAGACAGUUAAUCGACAGCACUAAGCGACAUAAUCAAGACGAAGGUUCCAUUGAAGCCAAAAUUGCCCGUUGGACAGGUGCUAUUCGUGCUAUGCAAGAUUUGGUCGAGAAAUUUCCUCACAAUGUUCGAUUAAGAGUGAAACUAAAAGAAUUAAUUGAUAAGCGCAAAAAACAAUUAAAAUAUCUACGCAGAUGGGAUUAUAAAAAAUUUGAGUGGUUAAUUGAUAGCUUAAACAUAGUUUACAAGCCCCAACCGCUUGAUUUUCAGAGUGUUACACGAAAAGAAUCAUUAAGGAAAUUAACAGAUAAGCAUUGUGAAGAUAUAAGGAGUGAUCGACUGAAAACUUUUCGUAAACAACUUGAAGCAGAGCAACCUAAAUUCUUGCAAGAAAAGAUGUGUACUUUAGAAUUUAUACGUAAAGAACAAGAAGAAUGCAAUGUUGAAGUUACCGUUGCUCAAGAAGAAAUUGAUAAGGUAAAGGAUCAAUUAACAAAUUUACAUAAGCAUACCCCGAUUUGAAUAGACUAUCAAAAUAAAAAAACUAAAAUUAUGAAGUUUUUUCUUUUCAUUGGUUGUAUUUGAAAAGCAGUAAUUAUUAUACAUAAAUAGUAAGUAUUAUUGCUUGAUAGACAUACCAUGAAAUCGAGCAUGAAAUAAAGAAUUAUAAACUAA